AUGUAUCAACAGCCUAACCAAUCGUUUGAUUCGGGCCGGAGAAUCUCUUCUAACAAUCCGUUCCGGCAAGAUGUGACAGGUUCAUCCAACCGAUCAACAGGUCUGGGCCAUUCCACCAACUCGACUUUUGACGAUUGGGUCAAGAAGAAUAAGCAGCUUAUUGAACUGCUGGAUGAUGAAGAUGCGCCACUUGCGAGACCGUCGUUUCCUGGCCAGUCACGCACGGGGAGCGACAGUAAUGUGAACUACAGGUAUGUAUAA